GACUGAAAGACCCGCCAAACACGCAGCUAGACAACGAUGGAACUAGGAAGUAGCUGUCAGGUGGCAAUCUGAGCCACGUAUUAAGCUUACGUGUACGGUUAUAAUUAGUUUGCGUUGAGGAAAUUUCACUGGUUUUCCAUUUUCCUUGAGACUAGGGCUGACAUGGAAGUCCUUUGGGAGAGGAAAAAGAAAGACGACUGGAAAGUCUGGAACGCGGGAAUGGCACAAUAAAGUCCAUUGACUUACAGGCACUCUUCCAUGGGCCAAGUUGAAUGCCCAUGUCCUUGUCUUCAACCAAUACCCACAAACCACUUCCCUCAUCUUCCUCGAAAAUUCUUCAACAUUUCCCUCAUCCCCACUUUAUGCCUUUUUCUUCUUUCAUCAACCGUCACCUCCACCGCUCAACCUCCCAUCUCUUCCGCCUUUUCCUCGCCAAUUCAGUUGCCCCAUCCGCGCCAUGCCCUGCCACCGGGCUUGUCUUGGGUCCCGAUAUCAUUUUAAAUUUUGCUAUACACUCUGUACUCCUAACUGUUCCCUUCUAUGUUCUCCAAAGUCACUUCCGCCGCAUCUGCCUUUGCUCCCGUCUUCCGGUAACCCACCCCGCCCCCAUCCCUCGGGAAAGACUCUACUUCUUCUCAGUUUGAUCUCCACAGCUACUUUCAUCGUCGCCAUCUUCAUGGUUUGUCUUCUUGUCAAGAAAUUGAAGGAGUAUCGUAACUCCAGACAGAAUGGGCCGCCUCUGUUCGAUGUCCACAGAGAGAACCUCCCCGAUGAAGAUGAAGAAGCACCCGUCCUUGACCACCACGUAUGGUACAUCAAUACCGUCGGUCUCCAGCAAUCGAUCAUCGAUUCAAUCACCAUGUUCAAGUACAGGAAGGACGAGAAAUUAAUCGAAGGAUCAGACUGCUCGAUCUGCCUCGGCGAGUUUCAAGACGACGAGAGCCUUCGACUGUUGCCUAAAUGCAGCCACGCCUUCCAUGUUCCCUGCAUCGACACCUGGCUGAGAUCGCACAAAAACUGCCCCCUUUGUCGUGCUCCAGUGCUGUCCAACUCCGCCGCCCCUAAUUUAGUCCCCACCGAACCGAUCAGAAACCAGCCGCCGGCGAUCGAAGUUACCCAAAUGGAAACAGAGGCCGUCGAGGAAGAAAACAGAGGAGAUGCAAACAGUGGAGAAGGGGGUAGCAAUAGUGGAGGGAAUUCUGAAAUUCCAAUCAAAGGGCUGUCUCUGACUUUGAGUGAUUUGACUGAGAAUCAAAUUCGCGAGGCUGUGGAAGACGAAGGACAAGCGAUAAGAAGGUCGGUUUCUAUGGAUUCAGUUUCUGCAAUGGCGAUUUAUCAGGCGACGGCCAAAAUACAAAUUCCAGAAGAAGGUUCUUCUUCAAGUGGGGCGUUAGUGGAAGUGAAGAAUUCAGUCUCUUCGAGGAAUGUUCCCUUCCCAAAGCGGGGAGUCGGAAAUCAGAGCUUGUAUAAUCUCGUGAAGAGCAUUCCAUUUGGGCGUUCUGUGCAAAAGGGGGGGAUCUCGAUGAAAAUGUUAAGUUCGGGUAGAAGGAAGAUACAUUCGGCCAGGCAUUACAGAAGCCAGAGCUCGGUCCUUCCGAUGUGAGAAAUAAAGAAAUCUUAAUGUCCGCGAAACUCACAAUCUUUUCUGUACAGUUCCAAGAAGCUGCCCUGCUCCUACACGUGUAUGGUAAGGUGUUCAAGCUGCUGCAACUCUGGUCUGUUCUGUUGGGGUUUUUUCUAAAAGGUAAUAUACGAAUAGAAUAAAUAAAGAAGAAGAUGGGCUUAUUUAUUUAUCUCAAUGCCUCGGCUUUUGUAACAUUCCUAGUUAUCUGCACAUUGACAAACGAGGGCUGCUGAUUUGAAUUUUGGAGGUUAAAAGUUAGUUUUACAAGUAAAAAUGUAUUUUUGGCUACACUACACUACAUUAAUGUACGGGGAACAUCUCUACUUGACGUGAGCUGCACGCAAGUAUGGAGUUUUAUUCUCUACAAACUCAUAUGCAAUAAACUAGUUCGAAGAUGAAUAUGGUAUUAGAUGAUUUUCUUACU